UGCCGUAGGAAACACGGAAAAACUGUCAGUGGACAUGUUUGUAGUAGACAGCUAGUCUCUGCUAGCCAGUUCAGGCAUUUUAUUGUCAUGGCAAAAUGCUCAGUUAAAAGGCGAUCUUUUGUCUGUUGAUGAAGGAGGAUGUGGAGGGGAUGUGGCUAAAUAAUGGGAAACGUUUUUGGGAGAAAGAGUCGACCUUCUCGUGUAACCGAACAGGACAAAGCCAUUUUGCAAUUGAAGCAGCAGAGGGAUAAGCUGAAGCAAUAUCAGAAGAGAGUCACCCUACAACUGGAUAAAGAGCGGCUUCUGGCCAAGCAGUUGUUAAAAGAUGGCAAGAAAGAGAAAGCGCUGCUUCUGCUUAAGAAAAAACGCUAUCAGGAUCAGCUGCUAGACAAGACAGAAAAUCAGAUUUCAAACUUGGAGCGCAUGGUUCAAGAUAUUGAGUUCAUGCAAAUUGAGAUGAAAGUCAUAGAGGGGCUAAAAGUCGGAAAUGAUUGUCUGAAGAGUAUGCAUGAGAUCAUGUCAAUUGAAGAUGUGGAGAGGAUCCUGGAUGAGACGCAGGAAUCAAUUGAAUAUCAGAAGCAAAUCGAUGAAAUGCUAGCUGGAGCUCUGACACAAGACGACGAGGACGCUGUUCUAGCUGAGCUUGAAGCUAUCACUCAGGGAGAAGAUGUAGCACUUCCGGAGGUCCCCACUGAGCCAAUACCUGAGGUCCCAGCAGAAGCAGCUACUGCUGAGCCAGAGAGGAGAAAAGCAAAGGAAAAGCCAGAGAGAGAGAUGCUGGCAGCCUAACAGACUGGAUUUGUGGAUGGGAGUUGGCGCUCUUUCUACUGAUAGACACUCUGUGAUUUUGGAUAUUUCCUUCUUAAAUGUUUGUUGAUGAUGGAGGGGCCUUCGCAGUGCACCUUCACAGCUUUUACUGGAUCAGCACUGUGUUUGUACUCUGGUACUCUGCAUCCCUGAAAAUCUACAUAGAGGAAGUGAAGUGUCAUGACUUGGAUAAAAAAACAAUGUCACAUUGUAACUGUUGUGAUUUUGGCAUAACACACUGAAAGGAUGCAGUUUUAGAUGUUUUACACAUAAAAUUGGUUGUUUUUUUUCCCAUAGUAAAUUGAGCUGUGGCAACUA